AUGGAUCGGCCAAAAUUGUAUACUCAGUCGCUCACCCCCGUUCGAUGUAUAAAUACCAGGCUGUACCUACACAUUUUUUGGCUCGCCCAGUAUCUUAACGUUCCAUUUACUUUACCAGUCUACACAACAAUUAUAAUGUCUUCUUCAAUAGCCAACGAAAACCCAGAAAAGGCCGAGCCACCUCAUCCCCAACACACGAUGGUCGAAACGGAAGAAAGUCUGCGCGGCCUAGGCGUUUCAGAGAGCCAUCGACUCGACUACAACUAUCCGACUAUUGGACAUAAUUCAGACCCCGUCUUCCCUGAAGAGUACACGAUCGAAACCAACACCGGUUUAGUUCUACAAAAAACCCUCGAGCAGGUCAAAUCCCAUGGCUCGACUUCAACCACUCAACACGGCACAUCUGCCGACGAACAUAGUGCAGAUCUGGAAAAAGGAGGAAAUGGCCCUACGGAGUUCGUCACUUUCACAAUCAACGAUCCAGAGCAUCCUCACAACUGGUCCCGAGUUUAUCGAUGGUACAUUACGAUGGUCGCCUCCGCUCUCGUCGUCUGCGUUGCAUUUGGCUCAUCCAUCGUCACUGGUGGACUUGGUCUGAUCGAAGAUCAAUACAAUGUCUCUCUCGAAGUGGCUAUCUUAACAUGUUCGAUCAUGGUCUGUGGCUUUGCAGUCGGUCCACUACUGUGGUCCCCGCUCUCCGAAAUCAUUGGUCGCAGACCUGUAUAUAUCAUUUCACUCUUUCUAUACACGGUUUUCAACAUCCCCUGCGCUCUGUCACCAAACAUCGGCGGUCUCCUCGUUUGCCGCUUCCUCUGCGGUGUUUUCUCAAGCUCGGGCCUCUCCCUUGCUGGUGGCACAAUCGCGGAUAUCUGGAGCAUUGAAGAACGUGGCAUGGCAAUCGCUUACUUUGCCGCAGCACCCUACUGCGGUCCAGUCCUAGGUCCUAUCGUCACUGGAUGGAUCAAUGUUGGAUCAGGUCGCUUGGAUCUAUUCUUCUGGGUCAAUCUCGCUUUCUCAGGCGCAAUCAUGGUCCUCAUCGGCCUGGUGCCAGAGACUUACGCACCGGUCAUUUUGAAGCGUCGCGCAGCCCGUCUGCGCAAAGAGUCCGGCAAUCCAAACAUCAUCACCGAGAUGGAAAAGACAAAGCCUUCUUUCCGAGAAAUCGCACGCACAAGUCUGAUCCGUCCUAUCACGAUGAUAAUGACAGAGCCAGUCCUCGACCUGAUGUGCAUGUACAUCGUUCUCAUUUACUCGAUGCUGUACGCAUUCUUCUUUGCGUACCCUGUCAUCUUUGGCGAUUUAUACGGAUACAACGAUGGCCAGAUUGGACUGAUGUUCAUUCCGAUUCUAAUUGGCGCAGCCUUCGCACUGGCCGUAACGCCAGCCAUCGAAAACAGGUUCCGGCAAACAUGCGCUGUUCGAUCUCCAACGCCCGAAGAUAGACUUCUUGGCGCAUUGAUUGGCGCGCCAUUUAUUCCCAUUGCUUUCUUCCUCCUUGGUGCCACAUCCUUCAAGCACAUCAUCUGGGUUGGACCUGCUUCCUCUGGCAUUGCCUUUGGAUUUGGCAUGGUCCUCUGCUACUACGCCGUGAACAACUAUAUCAUUGAUUCGUACCAGAAGUAUGCAGCUUCUGCGCUGGCUGCCAAGGUCUUCCUGCGGUCUGGGGGUGGUGCUGCAUUCCCCCUGUUUACCACGCAGAUGUAUGACCGUCUUGGACUGCAGUGGGCUUCUUGGCUGCUGGCUUUCAUUGGCCUUGCCAUGGUCUUGAUUCCUUACGUCUUUUGGAUGUUUGGGGCCAAGUUGCGGGCAAAGCUUACUCGGGAGUGA